CCUGGGACAGACCCCUCCCCACCCCGUCCUCUGCUGUGGCUCCCCUCUGAAGUGCCCCGAUAAUGUCCUAUGCAUGUUUCCUGAGGUUUCCGACGCUACAAAGCUCCACCAAAUGGAAAAAAUGAACUAUCUGAUGAUCAUGAGCACGAGGCCCCCAGACCUUCUCAUCCUGAGGACUGAUAAUGUUAACAGCUGUGUUACCUCACGUCAUCCAAUCAGAGAACUCUGCCUGAGCCGAUCACAUGCCCUGGGACGCCCCUCCCUCACCUGGCCUUUAAAAAGGCUUUGCUGAAACCUCUGGGGGCUUCCAGGGUGUUCAGACAUGCGUCCCCUGUUCUCCUUGCUCAGCCCUGCAAUACACCUUUCUCUGCUCCAAACUCGGACGUUUCUGUAUUACUUGGCCUCAUGGCGCCUGGCAGGCAAAACUGUGCUCGGAAGCGAGAGGAAAUGAGGAAACAGACAGCUACCAGCUUUCAGGCUCCUUGGGAGGUUACUGAAUUUGGUGGGUUUGGGGCUUUGGGACACAGCGCCCCAGCCCCCGUCCUAGUGGCCCUGGGUUCCCAUUUCUGCUCCCGGCACCAACUCAGCAGCUCUACAGGGUAUUGGGUGACAGCCUGGGGGGCCCUCUUUCCCCACACCACGGGCAGUUGGUGGGCUAGCCCCGUGGGCACCCUUGGGUGAUGAAAUCUAGCACAGCAGCAGGGGAUGGGGCUGUGGAUUCUCCAGCCCCCACCUCCCCCUUCCUUCCUCUCUCCGGGGCUCAAAGUCUGGCAGGAGGAAGCGCCAGCAGCAACUGCCUAGCCGGCCUUCCCGGGAAGAUGCGGCCGCUCCUGCUCCUGGUGGUCUUGCUCCUGCCCCCCAGGGCGAGGGCAGGUGAGCCCCAUUCCUUCCCCUACAUGGCAUAUAUUCGUGGCCGAACUUCAGUGGCUCUCAAAACUUGUGGAGGAUUCCUGGUGCGAGAAGACUUUGUCCUGACAGCGGCUCACUGCUUGGGAAGCCAAAUGAAUGUGAUCCUGGGGGCCCACAACAUCAGCAGGUCUGAAAGCACCCAGCAGCAAGUAUCUGUGCGCAGAGCCAUCCGCCACCCCAGAUACAAUCAGCAGAACAACCAGAACGACAUCAUGUUACUGCAGCUGGCGAGCAGAGUCAGGCGGAAUCGAGCCGUGAUGCCAGUGGCCCUGCCUCAGAGCCGGAGCAGGCUGAGUCCGGGGACCGUGUGCACCGUGACCGGCUGGGGCCUGGUCGGCCUGAACAGGAGGACAGACACACUCCGGGUUGUGCAACUGAGAGUGCAGGAGGAUCAGGAGUGUCACAGACGCUACAAUUUCUACACUGGCCAAACGCAGAUUUGUGUGGGGGACCCAACAGAAAUGAAGUCUGCCUUCCUGGGAGACUCUGGAGGCCCCCUGGUGUGUAACAGCAUGGCCCAGGGCAUUGUCUCUUAUGGAAACCGGUUGGGAACUCCUCCAGCAGUCUUCACCAGGGUUUCCAGCUUCCAGCCCUGGAUAAGGAGAACAAUGAGACGCUUUGCAAAGCGGGGACCAGACUGAGACCCCACUGAGACUGACUCUUUCUGGGGCAGAGGCCAGCUCCAGGGUGGUUCCCAGAGCCUUAAUAAAUGUCUAAGCCUAGAACCGAAAUAACUGAUUUCUCAUUCGUUCGUAAACAUGAUUCAGAACACA